GUUGACAUUUCAUUGCUUUCUCACACAAUACACUAAAAUCAAAAGAAAAAAUUAUACUCACUUUUUUAUAUAUCGAAUACUUGGUUUUUUUUAGUUUAAUUUUAAUAGUAAAGCCUUUUAUAUUUUAUAUAUAUAUAUAUAUAUUUUUUAAAGAAAUAGCUUCUGUGAUCUAUCGAAACAUCAAAGUUUAUGGCGAGUUAUAAUCCGGCUGCUUUUAUGCCGGGAGGCGCGAUCCGAGUUCCUCCUAACGUUUACCCAAACUUCCCCAAUGCCCAAAGAUUUGUUAGACCACAAUUUACAAUGACACAAAAUGGAAUAGGAGUUCAGCGUAAUAUAAUCCCAAGUUCAUAUGUACCGAAUAUGAUAGCCAUGACAAAUAACAUAGUGAAUAAUCCAAGAUUUGUUAACCAAAUGAGAAUGCAAACUCCUAUAAUUAAGUCAAAUUCUGGUGUUGGAAAACUUCUAGCAUUCGUAGAAUGUUUAGGAAAUGACGUCAUGGUUAAUAAUCUACAAGAUAUCCUAUAUUGGAAACAACUAACGAAUACUUUUUUUUCUGAGGAUGUAACAAUGAAGUAUACAUUACAUGAUAGUGUGAACAAUAGAACAAAAAGAUUUGAAUUCACAUACCAAGUUAUCCCGAGGUUUUAUCAAACAUUUAUUGAAUCUGGAGUAGUAAAAAUACACCUUGUUCUUGGAAGUCCAAAAGAAAGGACCGUAAAUACUCCAAAUGGUGUUCAAUCCCAAGUAGAUUGUCCAUAUUCUUCGAUAGAAUAUCACUUUGCAAACGGAAUUCAGGUCUCAGCGCCUGGUCGUUUAGUGGUUGUGUUUAACAACACAUUAAAAAUGACGAGUUUUGACUUUGUGACAUCAAAGUUUACCGAAUAUGUUCCACGUAAUCUAAUACAAAGAUUUACUCCAGAUACAGUGGUUGUAAAUGAAUAUGGAAUACCGCAUAAGACAAUGCGAUGUUUAGAGAUCGCAGAGGGAGUUGACUUUAUACAAGAAGUCAUUGCUUUGACUAUAAAAGAUUCGCAAACUGGACCAUUGCAGGCAUUAAGGAUGGUUACACAUAACUCUCAAAACAUGAAUACGCCUACAAUGUCUAAUAAUCCGAAUCCAAAUCAGAGGAUACAAAAUCCUCAAGCACAACUUAAUGGAAAGGACAUUAAAAAUGAACCUUCUUAUAAUGGUGCACCGCCAACACCUAAUACGAACGAUUUGCAGGCCUCUGCUCCAACGCCGAUUACUACUCCAACACCAGCACCCACACCUACUCAAACACCAUCACUUACUCCUUCACCUUUAGUGUCUGUCAAUGGUAUCGAUUCUCCUCGACAAAAAAACUUUUCGCCAGCUUUAGGCGAACCACACAAAAGAGGCAGUGAUGGCGGCGGACAAGCAACAAAGCAAAAGCAACGUCGGUCAACAUAUAAUAAAACCUCUCCAAGAAAGAAUGCGUAGUCAAUUAUACGCGCUCCAAAAAUAAUAUUUGUACAUAUUUUCACUAUCCUUAUUAGUUUGUAGAUUCUAUUGCAAUAAUAGAUAAUUUUAAAUGUUGAAUGUUUAUAAUAAUAAACAGAUGUUACCGUAAUAAACAAUAUUAAAUAUGAUUUAGGGAUUAUAUUAUUGAAGAACUUUUUUAUAAGGGAUAUUUUGGAGACAUUUAUAUUAUAACCUAUAUGCAUAAUUUUUUUCUCCUUUU